UUUUAAGCCGGUUCAAACGACAAUUUAUGUCCAACUGCCCAGCCGGAUGUUUUCCAAGCUGUCAGACAAGUUCCCAGUGUCAACAAGUGGCUCCUCGAAUGGUCUGUGUGCAAGCUUGCUGUUGUCCGGCAACAACUCCGAUUGGUGGUGGCGGUGGAAGUAUCAAUAUCAUACCAAUACCAGUUCCUGUGGGAGUAGGGCCGACGAAUACAUUUGGGCUGUCCACUGCAUGCGAUGGUGGACCAGCUGUAGCAGCAUGCAUCAAUGGUCUUUGUGGACAAGGGUUUUUCUGUAAUGCACGAGGUUUCUGCUGUCGAUGCGCUACAGGGAACUCUACUGGACCAUGCAUCAAUAAUUUGUGUCCAGCUGGCUAUUCUUGCAACACCAACAAUUUCUGCUGUCCACUUGGCUCUGGCUCAGUACUUGGUCCAUGCAUAAAUGGUCAGUGUCCCUCGGGCUAUACGUGCGGCGCUGGUAAUCUAUGCUAUUCGGUAGCAGUCAGUGGACUCAAGAAGCGAAAGUGAAC